CUGUAAAAUAGUGAUCGCGAUACAGUAUAUCUGCCCGUCCAGGAAAGAACCAUUCCGUACCAGGGCCUAGCACUUGUCACGCAGCUCACAAGCUGUGAAACAAGUUUCCCCCUUUCCCAAUCUCCAUCAAUACAAUACUACUUCUCGGGUAAAGCUCUCCCCAGUCCUCUGCUCCACUAGAGCCGAGCAGAACAAUGAAGAAAUUUCAACCCAAGUUCCGCAGAUCAAGGCCACGAGCAUCUCAGGUGUGCUCUCUGUGUCGCAGAAAAAAGGUCCGAUGUGAUAUGGUUGUGCAUGGCACACCAUGCACAACAUGCAAGUUUAAUCGUGUUACUUGUAUAGCGGUUGACGCUCCGAUAUCAAGAGCCUCUCACACUCCAAGCUGCGACCACCGUGCCUGUGAUGAGAAGCCUCCGGCAACACCCUUGGUAGAAGGUUGCCCGAAAUGCCUACAACCUGCAAAGGGACCCAUACGAACCAGCCCUCAAGAGUUGACGGCCCUGCCAUUGCUCGUCGAUGGUAGGCAGCCUUGGCAGACCCCCUCGCGAACCUUACCUGGAACGACGAGCUCCAGCCAAGCCCAGCUUCCCCCGUUCAUACGGCCACUAGAACCAUUUGUUGACAGCACGGAUAUUGACUACCUGGUGCAAAAAGGGGCGCUUGAUUUGCCGAGUGAGGAGUUGCAACGCGCCCUUCUCAAGGCCUACUUGAAUUGCGUUCACCCGUUCCUGCCAAUGCUAGACAUUCAUGAAUUUCUAGAGACCGUGUGCUGUAGGAGAAAAACAAACCAGAUCAGCCUUUUACUUUAUCAAGCUGUGAUGUUCAGCGCCUCCGCCCAUGUUGCUAUUGAGCACCUUCAAAUGGCUGGAUACAUGGGUCGGAAAGCGGCACAAAAAUGCCUUUUCCAGAAGGCAAGACUGCUGCACGAUGUGGUCCGCGAGCCAGAUAAAAUAUCUCUCACUCAGGCACUGCUCUUGAUGAGCCAUGUAGACGAAACGGUGGACCUAAAAAAUGACUGGCAUUGGUUGGGGGUUUGCCAUUCAUUAGCGCUGGCCUUGAACCUUCAUCACGACCCCCAGGACUGGUGCUCAAACAUCAAACGCCGGCGACUGUACAAGCGCCUAUGGUGGAGUAUAUAUGUGCGUGAUCGUCUCAUCGCGGUCGAGCUCAAGCACCCCAUGCGAAUCCAGGACUCCCAACACAAUGUUCCCUGGCUCAUGGCGGAUGACUUCACUGUUAAAUCAUUCUCGAGAAAUGUGGUUGAGAUCCUGGACGGCUCUGAGAUCCUUCAUAAUACCACUCAGCAGAAGGACCUUGUCAUGAUGUUUAUCGAGACCAUCAAAUUGAGCGUCUGCUUUGGGCAUGUCCUAUCCACCCAGUAUGCUAUGUCUACCAAUCCCUGUUGGCAAGCUAACUCUGCCAUCACACUGGCUCCAAAGAAAUCUACCACUGAGCCCUCUACCACCCAGCAGUGUGACUGGGAACUCGAGGACUGGGUGCGCCAGCUGCCCUCUCAGAUACGACAUCGCCGUGAGCCUGCUGGCGUCCGUUUUGUCCCGAAUAUCCUGCACCUCCACCGCGCCCUUCUUUGGUUGUAUUAUCUGGGCGCGGUGAGUAUACUGCAUCGGCCACAUGUGGUGCCUUCCCGUCCUUGUUCACAAAGUUGCAAAGAGCUUUCGCACCACUCUCAAGAUCGGCUACGAUCUUCGGCUAUCGAUAUAACAAUGACGUUUCAAUAUCUCCUGCGACUGGACCUAACUCAGUGUAUCCCCUUCAGUGGCGUGAAUCUACUCUUUGCCGGGACGAUCAGUCAUCUGUUCGAUAUCACGUCCCAUGAUCGCAGUCUUUCAGCACUAGGUCGAACCCACUUCGAGGUCUCAAUCCGUAUCCUCCAAAAGCUGGAGUGCACAUAUGAUUCGGCGAGCCUUGCAGUCUCAUUCCUUCGGGUGCUCGCUCGCUUAGUCACUGCAUCCCGCCGCAUUGAGGCGUCUCGUUCACAUCUAACCUCCUGCCAUACCGUCUAUUCAAAUACACCACGGUAUAUAUCUGGCACACACCCCGUCCGUUCACUCUGGCACCAUCCAAAUAGCUACGAUAAGACGGCUACCACCAGCCACAAUAAGGCUGAGAGUGACGGCUUCCCCACUAUCGAUCCGGCCGUUCUCCUUCUUCGACCGUAAAAUUCUGAUGUAAGUGAUGUUCCUUGUCCGACGUAUACCCCG